AUGCUUCUCCGCACACCUGCGAAGAAAAUGGCACAGUCCCCCGUCACGUUAUCUUCACACUAUGUAUGUACUUAUUGGGGCACUCCCCGUCGGAAGAACAACAUCUUAUUUAUCAGCAUGAGCUCUCUUCAAGAUCAUCCCGAUGUUAUCAAUGAUCCUCUUUCAGAAGAUGAGACAUCCGAGCCUGUCCCCUCCGAAGGCGAGGAGUUAGAGCAGAAAGACACGCGCGAGCGACCCUGGAAGGGCUUCUGGCCCCCUCCACCUAGCAGCAAACCUGGAUACCCAUACGACGUGAAGCCGGGCGACAUUGUUACCAUUAUGGGCAACUGA